GAUUGGCCCAGAAUGACAGACACGGACGCAGCGACGACUCUCCCGUCGCUUGAGGACCUCAAGAUGAUCAACGAGAUCGCCGAGCUCCUCGAUGAUGCGGGCUUGGCGUCCGCGUCGCCAACGCCGUCCGUCAAGAGUGACGACGCGCCGGCGGCCAAGAUCGUCAAGACGCAGCACUAUUACCGCAAGCGGCAAAAGGACGAACGCCAGUACCUCCACGACCAAGUCAAGGAGCUGAGCUCCAAGCUGUCUGUGCUCACGACCAUGAAGACGCUCGAAGCCGAUCAGUGCUCGCACUGGGAAAAGGUCGCCCGCACGCAGAAGCUCGGGUCGCAAAAGGCGGCGCUCGAGAACGCGCGGCUCAAACGCGCCCUCGAGGACCAGCUCAAGCUCGCCGAGGCUCUCGACCAGCUCCUCGUCAAACGCCCUCGCCUUGCGACGUUUCCGACCAUGGACGUGAUCGACUGGAAGCUGCGCAAGCUGCCCAUGGAGCCCAGUGCGCGCGAGACGAGCUUCCACGCGAUGUUGAAUGACGCGUACGACCACGUCGACACGAAUUUUCUCCAAAAGGGACUGUACGACUCGAUGGACCACCUCCGGUCGCUCGACGUGUCGGCCAACGAGACGGACGAUGCGAUCGUCAUUGACGUCCAGAGCGUCCGCCAGAUCGCGAGCAACUAUUUAACGUGCAGCCAAAACUUUUGGUCGCUCUUGAGCGAGCACGAGUACCUCAACCUCCCCAACGCCCACCUCCAAGUGCUCGAGCACUUUGGCUCUGACGGCAUCUACUUUCGGCAUCGCGCCCUCAUGCCGCAGAAGAACCCGUACUCGCAGCUCCUCUGGGGCGUCAAGCGCUUCUACGAGAAGAAUCGUGUCGUACUCGUCUUCAAGACGGUCCUCGAGGACCAGCGGUAUCCGCCGGUGCCCGGCCUGUACAUUGGCAACCACACGGCCGCGAUCAUCAUUGAAGCAGUCGACGAGAUGUGGACCUGCCGACGCAUGCACAUGCUCGGCCAGCUGCCUGUCGAGCCGCCCAAGCAAAGCCCGCUCUCAUCGAACCCGAGCCACUUGAUCUGCGACUUUAUCUUGCACCAAAUAUCGCCGACGUUUGACGCGAUCGAGAGCUUGAUCGUUUAAGAAGCACCGAAUGUUUGGCUCUCUUAUUCUAAACUCGUGGCUUCAAUGACAUAUCUACAC